AUGACUUUCCUUCCGAACUGGUUAACUUUUCUAAAAGGCAAAGAGAUUGUUAUCGCUAAUGCUAUAAUUGCAAUAUUGACAAUUGGUGGGCAGCAACUUUUCUCUUUUUUUACAUUCAGCUGUCCCUGCCAUGUGGGGCAGAACCUCAUCUACGGGCUGGCUUUCCUAGGAGUUCCUGCACUGAUCCUUCUGGUUGUUGGCUAUGCCCUGAACAACCAGACUUGGAGGCUGGUUACAGGCAAAAGGUCUCCUCUUGAGGAAGAGGCUCCACCAAACCGGUUACUGCAAUGCAAGCUGAUCUGCUUUGUCUUGUGCAGCAUCACUGGGAGAGCACUGGUUGCUCCAGUAACGUGGCUAGCAGUUACCCUGAUAAAUGGCUCAUAUUACAUCUGUGCCAUGAGUGAGUAUGUCUCCGUGCAUUAUUAUGGAGCUAAUGUUACUGCUAGCGAACGCAGAAGGAUAUUGGCUGCAUUUCCAUGCAGUCAGUUAGUUCCUCCGGAGCUGACCCGGGCAAGAGAUGAAGUGAUUCUCCUACUCCGAUACCAGUCACAAGUGGCUGGCUGGCUUCUGAUCGCUGUGGUAGUCAUCACUGUCUUCCUGUCUUACUGCCUGGCAAGCUGUUUCUCCCCCCUCAGCUUUCUACAUUUCAGAUACUGGAACAGCUAUGUCCAUAAUGAGCAGGAGCUCUUUGAUGAAGCGACAGACCAGCACUCCAGGCUCUAUGCCAUGCAGCACGUAAGGAAGUUCUUCGGCUUUAUCCCAGGGAGUGAAAAUGUAAAGGAAAUCCGUAUCCCAUCUCUCAGAGAGUGGCAAGCCAUUUCUGGACUGGCUUUUCUAAAACAAGUGGAUGAGGAGCACUACGACUACAGCCUCCUCCAUGACUGGGCGCUCAAGGAGUCUGUAGAUGCAAAAUACCUGAGGACUGAUGAAGACCCUGUGAUCAGAACACAGCCCUGA